AUGAAAGUAUUUUUCCAAAGUUAUACGGUAAAAUUUGGGCGGAGUCCCCGCGUUGCGUUAGCGUUUUUUCGCCGUUCUUUUAAUUCCUUCCCCGCCUCGCGUUACGUCCGCUUAACUUUUUCCUUUAACCACUAUUACCAUUUUUACCAUUACAAUCUUUUAAUCCGCCGGCUUAACGCUAUCGUUGCUUUGUAUCUUUAUUGUCGUUUCGUUCCCUUUUCGCUCCUUUCCGUUAUACCAAUUAAUAAUAUAAACGCCCGCGAAAUCCGCGCCGGCACAAUAGCGCGCUAUCCGCUUCGCGCCGUUACUUGCUUUUUAACGUUCCGUACGCUAAUUAAUUAG